AUGUAUCAGUGGCAACGGACGUCCAUCCAUUUUGACUAUUACCUGCGCCUGCGCAGUCCUGUCUGUCUGACCUUCAUAGGAGUAACCAUGUUCGCCAGGACCAGCGCUUUGGUGUUCUCCCCACAAUGUGGGCAGGUCAGGAACAUGGCUACCUUGAAGGACAUCACCAUUCGGCUGAAGUCCAUCAAGAACAUUCAAAAGAUCACAAAAUCCAUGAAGAUGGUGGCCGCUGCCAAGUACGCUCGUGCUGAGAGGCAGCUGAAGCCCGCUCGUGUCUAUGGCAAUGGCGCUCUGGCCCUGUAUGAGAAGGCUGAGAUCGCUGUGCCUGAGGACAAGGCCGCCAAGCAUUUGAUCGUUGGGGUGUCCUCUGAUCGUGGUCUCUGUGGGGCUAUUCACUCCAACGUAGCCAAGACCAUCAAGAAUGAGAUAGCUAAUUUGACUGGCGCUGGAAAGGAGGUGAUGGUGAUCAAUGUGGGAGACAAGCUGAGAGGCAUCCUGCACAGAACUCAUGGUGAGCACAUCAUGCUGAACUGCAAGGAAAUCGGCCGCAAGCCGCCCAGCUUUGGCGACGCCUCCAUCAUCGCCACCGAGCUGCUCAACUCUGGGUACGAGUUCGACAAGGGCACUGUCAUCUUCAACAGAUUCAGGUCCGUUAUCUCCUACAAGACCGACCGGAAGCCCCUGUUUUCCACAGACACAGUGGCCAACUCAGAGAACAUGGGUGUCUAUGACGACAUCGAUGCCGACGUGCUGAGGAACUACCAGGAGUUUGCAAUGGUGAAUAUCAUCUACCUGGCCAUGAGGGAGUCCUCCACCAGCGAGCAGAGCGCCAGGAUGACCGCUAUGGACAGUGCCAGCAAGAACGCCUCUGAGAUGAUUGAUAAGCUGACCCUCACCUUCAACCGUACCAGGCAGGCUGUCAUCACCAAGGAGCUCAUUGAGAUCAUCUCCGGAGCUGCUGCCCUAUAAACCGGCGACAUCAUCGUUCCCAUCGCCGAUAGCUCUUCAAAGUACUUUGGACACGUCGUUGUCGAGUCUAAUGAAUAUUUGUGCUUCUAUUUGUAAAAUAUAAGGAGAAAAUAAACCUCUUACGCAGACCUGUCACCUGUUUAUCAGUCCAUGUGUCUAUUUUCCUCACAAUAAAAGCUGAUAACUGAUAUGGAUGUUUCAGUUAAUGAUUUCCUCAUGAUUUCCUUGCAUUAAUAAGAGGCGUUUGACAUUAGUGUCUACAUGGAAACAAGUCUGAAGGUGUUUUUCUGCUUCUCAAAGUGGAAGGUGGAUUAAUUAUAGCUGCAUUUCUAAAUGUCACUAUCACAUCACUUCAUUUGGUGUCUUGUUUCAGGAAGUUUGUAUACCUGCUUAAGUCAAAGCAAUCAGCUGAAUAACAGGUUGAAAAUGUACGUCUUUACAGUGUCACGAUAACUGGUUUCCAUUCUAAUAUUUCUGAAAGACGGAAACAAAUGAAGUGCUUGUUUAGGUAGCUGUUAGCUAGAAAAUGGCUAUAAGUUACAUGUAAUUUAAAAACUUCUCUUUAGUGAACAUUUCAAUGAGAUAAGAUCCAUUCUGCCAAGGGAACAUCCUUUGUGAACUGCAUUAAAAAAAAAAAAAAAGAUUAAAAAAACAAAGUUGAAGUUAAAUUGGAACGAUGAACAUUUACUGCUUACAGGUCUUGUUCCCCCUCUGCUGUGUUUCAGCCGUUUCUAGUCUAUACAACAAAGAUGGACUCUUAGUUCUGACUACAUAACAAGGAUUCUGUAUGAGAAGAAAUGGGAAAGAUUAAAAACAUCCAAGGGCACUUCUAAUAGAUAGUUUUAUGGAUUUUGGUGUGAGUACAGCAAUAGCUUAAGGGCAUGUGAAUAAUUUGAGUGUUUUGGGAUCAUCAGUAAAGUGUCAGUGUUGCUUGUAAACAUGGUUCUCCUCAGGUGAUUAAAUGGAAAAACAUACUGAAUGAAAAAAAGAAUAAAAAAGGCA